AACUUGCUCCUGUGCAGCACAAUGACUGCCCUGCUGAUGGCCAUUCUACUGCUUUUGUUUCUUGGAAUCGUUUGUAUCUUGAUUUUCAGAUGGCUCUGCUGCAGGUUGACAGUGCGAUUCUUCCACAAUGUUCUGAACCUUGAGCUGAAAAUAAAAUCAGUCGGCCUCUUUUCAAUCAAAGGAAUCAGCAUCCAGUUUCCUUCUCAACAUACACUGGAAAUACACAGAAUAUGGAUUUCAAGCAAACUGAUUAACCAAGACUUGCCGCGAUAUUUAGCGUUAUGUGUGGGUGACACACGAGUACGGAUUGACCUAAAAGAGCCCCUCAGGCUUCAGGUGCCCCAAAAUCAUGAAGGAAGUCCUCGCCAGGCACCACUCAGCCCCUCCACCCUGCGCUUUCUAUCCCAGUUACUGUCCCUUCACAUGAGCUCCAUGAACGUCAUGGUGCUAAACCUGCCACUGCCAGAAUCGCUCUGGCACAUGACAAGCACAGGCAUCACUUUACUGCUUGAUCACCAGAGCAAGAGCUUGGCCUGGGACUUUACAGUAGGACAGCUCAGUAGUAAAGUUCUAAAAAGCAGUAGACUGCAGGACACAUGUCUGGCUGAGGUGUCUCUAGCAUUGGCUGUAAGCGGUGACGUUAGUCUCCCUGACCUGCGCCCUGGUCAGCUAACACUAAAUGUGAGGACUCUGCUGGCAGAGCUUCACGAGGGACUGUUCCUUUCUCAGCUUCUGUUUCCAAAAUCAUCAUCUGUUCCAGAGGCCAGCCUUACUUCAACAGAGCUUAUCGAAGGUCAGUCUAUACAGGUGAAUGCAAUCGAGAAGAUUCACAGAAUGAUUCCCCGAAAGGUCAAUGUGGAUUUUGAGAACACUAACAUUACACUGUCAAUGCACAGCCAGAAGCGGCAUCUAAACUGGACAUUAAAAUCUUUAAAGAUGGGCUACGAUCAGAAUGAUGAGCAGCCACCUUUGAAGGCCUUUUUUCCAGAGUUUAAUUUUCCCUGCAGCAGCCUGGAGCUCCUGCUAGAGGAUGGACUCCUUCUCUCACAGAGCAGACAGAGGAUCAUAUGCUUAAACACGCUUAAAACUCAGCUGCAGGUAACUUCAGUGGAUGUCUGCAGCUCGGUGACCAUCAGCACCUGUAUCGUUCACUACCGCCAGCAGGAGUUCUCUCACUGGCUAGAUCUCUUCUCGAGGGAACAGUCCACUCGCAGAAACUCCACUCAAAGAAAGAAACACUUCCCUCUCCCAGAUGUUCCUGUAAGGAUUAGCUCUUCAGUGUCUAAUGUUAACGUGUCCGUUCAGCUGGGAGACACUCCACCCUUUGCUCUCGGUUUCAUCUCUGCUAAUACAGAGCUGCUGCAUUCUGUGGAUACCAGUAAAAUAGAGGAAAGUGACCAGAGUUGGAAUCUCUCCCUUGAUCAUUUCUGGUGGAGGGUGGGCCAAGGCUCCCAUAUCCAGCAAGCACCACACCCUCCUGGCAAACAUGUAUGGGGGGAGGCCCUCAUCCUGGACAGUUUUACACUGAAGGGCACCUUCAGUAAUCUCCAGAGUGUAGAUUCCACCUCUGCUGCUAGUGUCUGUGUGGAGUCCAAUCUGCAGGGCCUGCAGGUGGAGAUAUCCGAGACCUGCGCUCAGUGCCUGUCUCGCCUAAUCUCUUUUCUAAAACCGGCCAAUGCUCAGCAAUCCCUUCCUUCCACACCUUCCAUCACACAAGAGUCAACAUCUGGCCUACCUUUAGUGUUGAAACUUCAGCUCCACCUGCAGGAGGUCAAUGUUUUUACGCUUUCUAAUGUAGCAGGAGCUGUGGCGUUGCGGGUGGAUUCGGUAGAUACCUGUAGCUCUGAGGGCAGUUUGCAGGUAUCAGUGAAAGGUGUAGCUUUGACUAUUCUGAAGCUGCUUAGUGAGAGCACUGAGCCCUGCCUCCCUGCACAUGAGGCAAUCGGUCCUAUUCUCAAGCUCAACAGUCUCACUGUGGCCUAUAAGAAGAGCAGCGGCACGCUGGAGCUUCACUGUGAGGACAAUUUACAGCUUCAGUGGACACCUUCUGAUCACAUGUUCCUUUACCAGCAUGCAUGUGAGAGCGGCAAUUCCUGGAACUCUCUGUGCACAACACUAGACAUAAAACAGAAGGACUCCGAUUCAGCCUCUUUAUCAGCCUCUGCUUUAAAAAGCUUCAGCAUACAUGUCAGUUUUGCACACACACAGCUCUCUGCCUAUAUCACUGAGAAGAACUUCAUCAUUGUACGCCUUGAUGCCCUGUCCAUUUCCAAGCAGCUCGGAAGCACUCGCAUCAAGUCUCCUCGUCUGGUGUUUAACUUUGACGGAAACGAUAUCUUCACUUUCUCCGAGCCUGAGCUGAACAUGCUGGAUGAAUCAGAAGAACUGCAGCACCACCGUGCUCGCUUUCCUUUUCUGACCACCUCCCACAACUGCACGUGGCUCUUUUCCUGCCCAGUGCUCUCUGUGGAGUUUCCAUACCAGUACGACUUCUCCAUCACUUUUGAUAAAACUGUGAGCACCCAGAAAUGGCUCAAGAGCCUCCACAGGCCUGCUUCCAUCCAGCCAGAGCGCCUGCCCCCAGACGUCCUCAUCCACAUAGGCCAGUUCUCGUUUAUCUUCCUGGAUGACGUGUUUGAGAUCAAGCUACGUGACAACUACGAGCUAAUGAAGGACGAGAGCAAGGAGAGCGCGAAGCGCUUGCAGUUGCUGGACCGCAAAGUAGCCGAGUUGCGCCGCCAGCAUGGAGAGCUGCUCCCAGCUAGAAAGAUCGAAGAGCUCUAUGCCUCUCUGGAGCGCAAGCACAUCGAGAUCUACAUUCAGCGCUCGCGCCGCCUCUACGCCAGCACGCCCAUGCGCAAGGCACUGCUCACUUGGAGUGUGACGAAGUUGGAGCUUGUGGCGCUGGCUGAUCACUCACUGCAUGGACACGAACGUGUUCGCCAGGUGCUCUGUGAGAUCGACAGCGUCAGCCCUUUUCCCAGGGACGGCCUGCCUCUAGUGGUGCAGUGGUGCCGUGCCGUCACAUUCAAGAUCAGUACAUUUUUGGUGAGAAUCCGAGACUACCCUCGUUACCUGUUUGAGAUUAGGGAUUGGGAGCUGUCGGGACGGCUUAUAGGAACAGAACAGGAUGGGCAGGUGCGUGGACGACGCAAGGAGGUGGUUCAGCUCGGCCAACCCUGGGGAGAUGUGACUGUGUACCGGAACAUUCCUCCUCUCAAAUUCUACUAUGACCUCACCUCAAACAUAUCGCUCUACACCAUUGUGUGGGGACCGUGCUGGGACCCGGCCUGGACUUUAAUCGGCCAGGCAGUGGAUUUACUGACCAAGCCUACUGCUGACCCCUCCCCUCUUCUGACCUGGUGGGAUAAGAGCAGAUUGCUCCUACAUGGACGCUGGCAGAUGGACAUUGAACAGGCCAACCUGCACCAGCUUGCCACUGAGGACCCUUAUAACACUACAGAAAACAUGCACUGGGAGUGGAACAAGCUCAACUUUGACUGGAAUCCUGGACAGUUUGUCUUUAAGGGUGACUUGGAUGUCAACGUUAGAACAGCCUCAAAGUAUGAUGAUAUCUGUUUCCUGCACCUUCCCAACCUUUGUAUGACCCUGGACCUGCAGUGGCUUUGCCACGGUAACCCACACGACCACCACUCCGUCACUCUUUGCUCUGCAGAAAGUGUGUCCGACGUCACUUCGGUACAGCCACAUGACUCCUACCGGGCCUUUCGUUCAGAAAACCUCAAUCUGUCCAUUACAAUGGAUCUAAACCAGCCCGGAGGCGCAGAGCCCAGCCAGCCUAGAAUCCUUUUGUAUAGCAGCACUCUGCGCUGGAUGCAAAACUUCUGGGCCACCUGGACCAGCGUGUCACGGCCGAUCUGCAGGGGAACGUUAUUCCACAGCCUUCGACCCAUUCGCAAGAAACUCGGACAGCACUACAAACAGCUGUCCUACACUGCAGAAUUCCCUCAGCUGCAGGUUCAUUACUGGGCAUCGUUCGCUCAGCAGAGGGGCAUUCAGCUGGAGUGCAGUAAGGGCCACAUCUUCACCCGGGGAGCACAGAGGCUCAUUCCACAGGCUGGCACAGUAAUGAGGAGGCUGAUCUCUGAGUGGAACGUGACUCAGAUGGUAAGCGAACUUUCUCUGGUCACUGUGCACCUGAUGUCCUCCAGCUCUGAUGAGGCGGCCGACCCCCAGAUUAACGCACAGGUGCAGAAGACCCAUCUACUCAGCCUGUCCUCGCUCAGCUAUCAGAGGCAAAGCAACCGCAUCGAGGAGGAAGUGGGUUCAAAAGAUGAGUUUAACGCCUCCUACACACACAAGCUGUGCCUGGUGGAUUUGCGUGCCUCCUGGACCACCACCAACAGGAACAUCGCCUUUGGUCUGUAUGACGGCUACAAAAAGGCAUCCGUGCUGAAGAGAAACCUCUCAACAGAGGCACUGAAAGGCCUGAGGAUUGACGCACAACUGCAGGCUAAGAAGCUGAAGCGCUCUAUGUCCAAUUACACUCCCAAUGCUGCUCUGUCUACCCCUGUCGUACCCAUUACCAGUCGAACUGAGAAGAGCCAGAAUGAAGGUACAUCAAUGCUGCAGAAGCUCAUCGAGGAGACUGAUAAGUUUGUGGUGUUCUCUGAGGAGGAGGCAGGAGUGAGCGACCAGCUGAGCGGGAUCGCUGCGUGCCAAACUGACGACGUGUACAACCGCAACUGGUGCAUCGAGCUUGUUAACUGUCAGAUGAUGCUGCGAGGCACCGAGACGACAGGGUGCGUGCUCGUUUCUGCUGCAAAAGCUCAGCUACUGCAAUGUGAGCAUCACCCAGCCUGGUACAACGAUACUCUCAAACAGAAGACCACCUGGACCUGCUCGCUAGACUGCAUGCAGUAUUUUGCGACCAUGGAGUCCAAUCAUUCAGAGCAAGAAGAUGGGCAACUCUGGUUAGAGGUAAAAAACAUUGAGGAGCACAGACAGCGGAACUUGGACUCAGUGCAGGAGCUAAUGGAGAGCGGGCAGGCUGUGGGCGGCAUGGUCAGCACCACCACAGACUGGAACCAGCCAUCCCAGGUACAGGAGACACAGCAGGUCCAGCGCAUCAUCUCCCGCUGCAGCUGUCGCAUGUACUACAUCGGCUACAGUCAUGACAUCGACCCGGAGCUUGCUACGCAAAUCAAACCACCUGAAAUACAAGACCGUCAUGAAAAAGAAGAUCUGCUGAAGAAGCAGGCUGGUGCAGUAGACACUUUUACAUUGAUCCAUAAUGACCUUGAGAUCUCCACUAACCCAGUGCAGUAUGCCAUGAUCCUGGACAUAGUCAACAACCUCCUGCUGCAUGUGGAACCCAGGCGCAAGGAGCACAGUGAGAAGAAGCAGCGGGUGCGCUUCCAGCUUGAGAUCUCCAGCAACCCAGAGGAGCAGCGCAGCAGUAUUCUGCACCUACAAGAGGCUGUGCGUCAGCAUGUGGCUCAGAUCCGCCGCCUUGAGAAGCAAAUCUACUCUAACAUCAGGUCACAGCCAGAGGAGCUGAGAGGAGACGAGCUGUCCGACAUUAACCUGCGCCUGCAGAACCAGCUCAAUCAAGAAAAGACUGACCUGCAGAUGAAAAGCGAGGAGCUCAACAUCUUAAUCAGAUGUUUUAAAGACUUUCAGCUGCAGAGGACGAAUAAGCUGGAGCUGCGGAAGCCUCCGGAAGAUGUGAGCGUGGUGCGGCGUACCGAAAUUUACUUCGCCCAGGCUCGUUGGUGCCUCACAGAGGAGGAUGGUCAGCUGGGCAUUGCUGAUCUCGAGCUGCAGAGGUUUAUGUACAGCAAGAUAAACAAGUCUGAUGACACAGCAGAACAUCUCUUAGAACUUGGCUGGUUUACGAUGAAUAAUCUGCUUCCCAAUGCUGCUUACAAGGUGGUGUUGCGUCCCCAGAGCCCCUGCCAAUCAGGAAGACAGCUUGCUCUGCGGAUCUUCAGCAAGGUUCGCCCCCCUGUGGGUGGGAUUUCUGUCAAAGAGCAUUUCGAGGUCAACGUGGUGCCACUUACCAUCCAGCUGAUGUACCAGUUUUUCAAAAGGAUGAUGGGAUUUUUCUUCCCUGGAAGAAAUGUUGAAGAGGAGGACGUCGGAGACGAGGAGGACAAGUUCCGGAUGGUCACCACAGGUGUUGUGAAACCUAGACAACUAUCAGAGGACUCCAUUGGGGCAUUUGGUCCCAGCAAAGGGGUCACACAGGGAAUGAAUCGCACAUCUGGAGUACGGAGGUCAUUUCGGAAACCACCUGAGCACUUUGUAGAUGACAUUGACAAAAUGAAAGAAAGAGCUGCAAUGAACAACUCUUUCAUCUACAUAAAAAUCCCUCAGGUCCCUCUUUGUGUCAGCUAUAAGGGAGAAAAGAGCAGUGUUGAUUGGAAGGAUCUGAACCUGGUGCUGCCCUGUUUGGAGUAUCACAACAAUACCUGGACAUGGCUGGAUUUUGCCAUGGCUGUGAAGAGAGAUAGUCGGAAAGCUCUGGUCGCCCAGAUGAUAAAAGAGAAGCUGCGUCUGAAACCAGCCUCGGCCUCCGAGUCUCGAGGGAAGACUGUAGAAGGAAAACCAGACAGCAGCCUGCAGCAGCAGCAGAAGGAGGACGAGAAGGCCCGGAUUCUGUUCGGCCUGACCAGCACUGACAAGAGCACCAGCAAGAAGCUCUUUAGCCGUAACAAGUGACUCUCCUUUACUUCGCUCACCUGAGUCCAAGUCCUCGUGUCUCUGUUUUUUAAGGCCCAGCCACAACAGAAACUUGAGUUCCGCAGACUUGAACAAACUGCGAGAUUUAAGCCAAAAACGGUUGAGCUUUUCUUUUUUUUUCCACAGGUGAUAAAAUCAUGUCUAAAUUAUGUUUAGACUUGUUUUGUAGAUAGUAAUCUGGCUGAGAAGCAGUAGUGAGUUAAGCUCUUGUGAAAAAUUAAAACACAACCACAUCUGGCUGAGUGUGAACCAUGUAGCCAAUGUGUAGUCAGGUUGGGUUGCACAGUUGUGUGUUACGCUAGUCUAAUCCCAGUGCUGCCACCGGCCUGUUUGGGACACAGACAAAUUUGAGGUCUGAUGAAACGAUUCACCUCAUUGUCACUGCAACAGUGACUACUGUCUGGUUAAGGUCCCAGCACAGGUGGCUGAAGAAUACUACAGUGUAACGUGUUCCUUCAUGUGUGUUAAGGCUGUAGGAAUCUACUACUUUAUGGAAGGAAUCGUACAUGUCUAAAUUCUUAUAUUUAGACAGUUCAGUAGUAAACACAUACUGGUUUUUGGAUUAACUGUGUAUCAACAUACAUUGACGUACCGCUCCAUUUAAGGUCAACAUGGCAGAGCAGUAGUACUGUUAAUCACAGAAGCAAAUUUGGGGAUUGCCAUCAACCUGGCCAGGUGCCCACACAGGCAUGAUUGGCUGUGCCUGAGGUGAGGGAAUGGGUUAAACUCAUUGCCGUCGCACUCUUGCGACCUCCGCUGUAACUUAAUAUGUACUGUAGCUCUCUGUGAGAAUUCAUCAUCUCCUAUUUGGCAGCACAGGGUAGGAAGUACUAGCAGCAGGAUUUCAGUAGGGAUGAGGGAAUUGGGAACAAAUGGGGGAAUAAAAAAAGGGAGAUUUAAAAAAAUCUAGUGUGACCGGGCCUUGAGUCUCAGGCAGCAGAGACGUUGGUGGACCAUGAAGGAGAGCAAAGCACAUUAUAAUGUCAACCACAGACUUCCUGUCCUUUUGCUUUAGUGAUCCAUGCUGGCUAUGGAUGAAUACGGUUUAGCGGUGAAGUCCCUUUUGUCUCCUAGUCAUGAUACAGGUCAGGAAGUUGGGAUCAUUACACGGCUGUCCAUGAAGAGGGCAGAAACCAUAGGACUUAGGAUAUAAAAUGUACACUUCUCAUUUUUAUUGUGUCAUAACUUAAGUCACUGCACUAUACGAAGUCCUAACGUAUCAUUAUAACCAUUUCAGUUCAAGUAUUCUUAAUGUUGUGGUAAUUUCAGAACUAUUAUUUGUCCAGUCUAACAGAGGGUAAAGAUUCUGCUUUCUGACGUCUCUCCUGCAGGCACAGGAGACACUAAAUAAGUAAAUUACAAUGCAAGCAUAUUUAUGCAUAUGGGAUGGGUUGUUUGGGAAGCCAAAAUGAAUCAGAAAUAGGUUUUACUUCAAUAUUAUACUGUCUGUAGUAUUUCAAUUGUGCUGAAUCUCACAUUUCUUUAUCUAAUGCCUUGUUCACUAGAACAUGCUUAAAAUUUGCCUCUUUAAAGUUCACGACAACUGUAAUUAUGAACGAGUUGCAGGUAUUUAGUAUUACUGUGUCAGCUUUCAAUUUACUGUACUAAACAUUGUGCAAUACCUUAUAGCUAGGACUGAUUAUUCAUCUGUCAUUAGUAAAUCAUCAUCUAAAUUUUUUCGAAGCAUUCUGUAUUAUCAUUUUACCACUUUUGCACUUUUCAUGUUUAUGGAUCAUCUCGGUGUAACUUUUUUCCACAAUGCACAGUGAUUUGUUUCUAUGUUGCUGUUCUUUCUGUCAUAUCAGGGUGUAGACUGUUCAGGCGUAAUCUGAUGUUAAUGCUUUGUGAAUUCAUUUUUCAUAUAAAAAAUCAAAGCCUCAAUAAACGUCUCAUAUUGUUCAAUGAUAAAGACAACUGAUAGAUUCCUGGGCACCUGGGUUCACUCUGAAGAUUGCUGUCUUUGUGGAUUUUACGGAAAUUUCCACUCUGUUUUCCUGAGUCGCAAACUAAAAUUGACCCUAGGUGUGAGGAAUAAGUAAAAGAAUUGUGUUUGGUCUUUCUGGGAUAGAUUCUUGACUCAACGCAGCCCUGACCAGGAUAAAGAGGUUAUUGAGAAUGGAUAAAUAAAUGAGUAAAUGAAUGAGCUGAUAAACACCCAGAAUAAAAUUGGUUUUGAUUGAAGCAUGGGUCACAUAAAAGCUCUUUCUUGACAACCCACACA